ACGAGGUCAUUCUGGGCCCUACCCGGAAAUGUUUGUUAGUAGUCAGUUUUCUCAAAAUGAACCAGCAAAUUUAGCUAGAUUUUGUAGUCAUGCCAUAUUCGAUAUACCUGUUACAGAGCCCGUGAUUAACAUCGUAAUCAUGCACACUGAAAUUCAGCUUUGAUAAUUGUCAAGCAAAGCUGUCCAAGAUGACCACCAUUGUCCACGAUACCACAGAGGCUGUUAAAUUGUCCCAGGCACACAACCUUUACUUGAAGCCCAUUGCGAAGAUGACAAUCAAUGUUGGCCUCCCUCAACUUAAGCUGCCUGGCAAGUCUAUCUCUAACUGGGAGGUGAUGGAGCGACUGAAAGCCAUGGUGCAUCCCGAUCAGUUUUCCUCCCUGCGCAUCUCCAAGAGCACCAUGGACUUCAUUCGCUUUGAGGGAGAGGUGGAGAAUAAGAUUGUGGUCAAGUCUCUCCUUACCAAACUGGAUGGCAAGAGUAUUAAGCUGAGCGGCUUUACAGACAUAUUGAAAGUCCGUGCUGCAGAAAACAAGGUAGACUUCCCCACUCGCCAUGACUGGGACUCUUUCUUCAGGGAUGCCAAGGACAUGAAUGAGACUGUGCCAGGAGAGCGGCCCGACACCAUCCACCUGGAAGGGCUGCCUUGCAAGUGGUUUGCCCAGAAGGAUGCCUCGCCAGACAAGCCCUCUGAAUCCGUGCUCAAGGCGGUGUUUGAGGGAUUUGGCAAGAUUCGGAAUGUUGACAUCCCCAUGCUGGACCCUUAUAGGGAGGAGAUGACCGACAAAAACUUCAACACAUUCACUUUUGGCGGACACCUAAACUUUGAGGCCUACGUCCAGUUCCAGGAGUAUAUCGGUUUUGUGAAGGCCAUGGACACACUGCGAGGGAUGAAGCUGAUGUUCAAAGGAGAAGAUGGAAAAGCUGUAGCUUGUAAUGUCAAGGUGGCAUUUGACACGACCAAGCACCUGAGUGAAUCAGCAGUGAAGCGGAGACAGCAGGAGAGACUGAAGCUGCAGGAGCUGGAGAGGCAGAGAGAGGAGCAGAAGCGCCGGGAGAAGGAGGAGGAGGAGAGACGCAAAGAGGAGGAGAGGAAGCAGCGUGAGCAGGAGGAGGAGGAGAAGGAGCGGCGUAAGGUGGAGAAGCUGCGCCGGCGGGAGCAGAAGCUGCGUGAGCGCGAGGAGAAGCGCAACCAGAAGAAGAUGAAGCGGCAGCAGGAGGAGGAGCAGCGCAAGCUGCAGCUGAAGAUCGCCACGGAGGAGCGCAAGCUGCUGCUCGCCCAGCGCAACCUGGAGUCCAUCCGGCUGGUGGCCGAGCUGCUGAGUCGGGUCAAGAGCUUGCGGCAGCAGCAGCUGGAGCAGGAGCGUGAGGAGCAGGCGCAGCAGCAGAAGGCGGAGGUGGCGCGACUGCAGCAGCUGGAGGAGCGUCGGCGGCAGCAGGAGGCCGAGCUGCGGCGCGUGGAGAGCGAGAAGGCCCGCGCCCUGGAGCUGCAGCGCAAGGAGAGGGAGCUCCGCGACCGGCUGCUGGGGAACCUGCUGAAGAAGAGCACGGCCACAACCAGGCAGCCCGACCAGGAGGAGGAGGAGGAGGGGGAGGAGGAGGAGGAGGGGGGGCUGGGGCUGGAGCUCUUUGUGAGAGACCCAGUCUUGGGAGUCCAGCUGGAGUGCCAGACUUUCCAGGCGGGGGCUCAGGUGAACGGGGUCCGCCACGGGGCAGGCAGGCCGCUGGGGGAGGGACUGAGCCGGCAGAGGAAAGGAGAGCGGGGGGACCGGGCCGAGCAGGGGGACCGGCGCGCAGAGCGGAGCAGAGGCCGAGGCGGAGACGGCGACCGCGAGGGCACGCGCAACCUCCACAGCAGCAGGAGACGCAGCAGGAGCAUGAGGAGGCGCAGCCUGGAGCUGAGCCGGGCCCCGAGGAGAGGCGGCGGCGGCAGCAGACGGAGCCCCGAUGGCCGAGGUGGGGGACGCAGCGGCGGCCGGAGGAGGCGCAGCAGGAGGAGAAGCGAGAGCCGGCACCGGCGCAGCCACAGCAGGAGUCGCGGCCGCCGGAGCAGGCGGAGCUGGAGCAGUAGUGGGCGGAGCAGCAGGAGCAGCAGCGGCGGCACGAGCAGGAGCCGCGGCACACGCCGCCACCGGGGGAGGAGCCUCAGCAGAAGCUCCUCCUCCAGCCGCGAGAGGCGGGACCACAGACAUCACAGUCGCAGUUCGGACAGAAACCACUCAAGACGUCGCUAA